AUAAUAGUGAUCUGUGUUUUGUUCUAUGCUCUGUGCUGAGUAUUUGGAACUGGGCCUUAAAGAAGUCAUUUCCAGGGCCGUAAAAUAAAUUUAAAAAAAAAAGUUGGAAUAGGAAAAAUAAAAAUUAAAAAUCUAAAUCUUCUGAAAUAAAAUUAAUGCAGAUGAAUUCAAAACGUAGUGAUAACAUACUCCUGUAUGAAUUCCUACAAUAAACACAAAUAAAAAUGAUUGAUGAAAGUGUUAUUAUUUCUGUUAGAACUUGGACACGAUCAGUUGAAAAAAUUGGCAAGGUCGGAUAUUCUGAUGGUGUUACUGAUGGACAAAAUACUUCAUUCCAAAGUAGUUUUGAUAUGGGUUACUGUCAGGGACUGAAAUUUGGACUAGAUCUAGGAUAUAAAUUAGCUUUUGAGCAGCAAUUAUAUAAUUUCCAGAGUGAUAAACAAAGACCAACAGAUCCACGCAGAAUCAACUGCCAAAUCUGCUUAGAUCAGACAAUAAAAUUGGAAAAUGUUGUUAAUUUAUUUAACAGACAAAAAGAGAAAAAUGAUGAGUAUCUCAUAAAAAUGUAGCUUAAUAUAUUUUGAAAAAUCCAGUCAAGUGCGAGUCGGACUUGCAUACGAAGGCUUCCAUACCAUCAUGCAAGAUAUACCCAACACUUUUAUGUAGAACACUGCAAGUUAAUGAUGGACUGCUCCAUCUAUAUGUGGUUUAUAGUAAGUACUAGUUGACCCGCCCCGGCUUCGCACGGGGAGCCUACCUAUUCCAUAGAAAAAUAUGAUAUAUAAAUAAAAAUAAAUAUUCACAUUAUUGGUGGGUACAUGGAUAUCAUAUUUGUAGAGUGGGUGAUAACAUGAAUAAAAGUUUUUUUUGUUUAAGAUCAAUAUUUUAAGUUGAAGAACUAGUGUAUUGGACAUGAUUUUUUUAAAUAAAACCAUUAUGCUGAA